AGGUAAGCUCCGAUUGGGGAAUAUCUAACAACAGGAGAGACUGGCACCACAUGUUCGAUCGACGUCGCGCGAUCCACCAGCGCGCAACCACUGGAAAACAUGGAUGCUUGCCGUGGAAUAUAUAAUAUGGCAAUGCGGAUGUCAAGCGCAGGGAGGCAAGCAUGACCCGAGGGAGGAGAGGAGGCCACAAGCACAAAUGCGCAUGAAGGACUGCUGCCCGAGGGAUGGUCGGAAGGAUGAGGGGGCAGUCAUCCCGUGGCGACAAACUAUCUCAAGAAAUUGGCAAACAAAAAAGCCCGGCGUCGAGAUUUGUCAAGACGCCAACGGGUCAGGACAUAUGGGAUAUGAGGGAGCAGGGCUACGCCUGGCCUUCAUCUCUGCCUUCCCCAGAGGCUGAGGACGCUGGCUGCGACGGGCACAGGCGAUGCAGCCAGCAUGAGCUCAGUUCAGCAGCCCUGGACUAAAGCUGUGCGCCGCGGCAGCGCCGACUUCGGCGGCAGCUGGAAGGACAAGCUCACCAACCCGUGUCCGACGCGGGGAAAAAGCGGCCGCCGCACAGCACCCGCGACGCCUCUUUCGGGCCCCCCUCGCGGGGAGAGGGCUGCCGCCGGCGGCCGGCGGCAGCACGAGAGGCCAGCACGCUCUCGGGACCUGUCGGGCCGCGCCGCCGCUGGGCGCCGAGGCGGGUCGCGACUGCUGCUGUUGCUCGGCUGGCGCUGCGCCCACGGAUCUGCUUCCGAUGUCCCUGGGCAUCUUUUCUAACAACAGCAAGUUAGAGCGGUCCGAGUCGCUCAUUCCUGCGACUCUG